CUCCCUUUGAAUUUCUUCUUGAGAGAGAGAGACACCCACUGACACACUCCACAGACCCAUAAAAAGAGAGGUAGAGAGAGAAAGAUCUGUGGAAUUCAAAAUACACAGUGGCCGGCCUUUUAGGGUUAAUCGAUUGUCUUCAUUUUCACGUUCUCCCAGGUAGAGCGAAUCUGUUUUCAGUAGCUUGUUGAAACGCGUUGGAACUCUCUAGAAACUCGUUUUAUAUAUUGGGUCAAGGCCAAACAGGGUGAGAAUUGACAAACAGAAGGAGAUGGGGCGCCCUCGUUGCUUCUUGGAUAUCAGUAUUGGAGGUGAUCUCGAGGGUAGAAUUGUGGUAGAGCUCUAUGACGAUGUGGUGCCUAAAACAGCUGAGAAUUUCAGAGCUCUUUGCACUGGCGAGAAGGGAAUUGGUCCUCAUACGGGUGUUCCUCUUCAUUUUAAGGGGUCGUGUUUCCACCGUGUUAUAAAAGGGUUCAUGGUACAAGGUGGAGAUAUUUCUGCUGGAGAUGGUACUGGUGGAGAGUCUAUCUAUGGCAUGAAAUUCGACGAUGAGAAUUUCGAGGUGAAACAUGAAAGGAAAGGAAUGUUAUCUAUGGCUAAUUCUGGUCCCAACACAAAUGGAUCCCAAUUUUUUAUAAGUACUACUCGCACUUCUCAUUUAGAUGGGAAACAUGUAGUGUUUGGGAAGGUUGUGAAAGGAAUGGGCGUUGUUCGUUCAAUUGAACAUGUUACUACUGGUGAAAAUGAUCGCCCUACUGCGGACGUCGUUAUUGUGGAUUGUGGAGAAAUUCCUGAGGGAGCGGAUGACGGGAUUUCGAACUUUUUCAAUGAUGGGGAUACGUUUCCUGAUUGGCCAGCUGACCUAGAACAGACCCCUAGUGAACUUGAAUGGUGGGUGAAUGCUGUAGAUUCUGUGAAGGUUUUUGGUAAUGAGCAUUACAAGAAGCAAGACUACAAGAUGGCUCUUAGAAAGUAUCGGAAGGCUUUACGCUACCUCGAUAUCUGCUGGGAAAAAGAAGGAAUUGACGAAGAGAAGAGUUCAUAUCUUAGAAAGACAAAAUCACAGAUCUUCACAAACAGUUCGGCUUGUAAGUUGAAAUUAGGGGAUCUAAAAGGAGCGUUGUUGGACACCGAUUUUGCAAUGCGUGACGGAGACAAUAAUGUAAAAGCUUUGUUUCGCCAAGGUCAGGCAUACAUGGCUCUUAAUGACAUCGAUUCCGCUGUCGAAAGUUUCAAAAAGGCAUUGGAUUUGGAGCCAAAUGACGCUGCAAUAAAGAAAGAGCUCGCUGCUGCAAGGAAAAAGAUUGUCGACAGACGUAAUCAAGAAAGAAAAGCAUAUAGCAAGAUGUUCCAGUAGCUAUGAUGGGUUAUGGAGUAGAGAGCUAGAUUUCAUACACAGUUUCACCUGCACGAGAUCAAUCGAUACUUUGAUGACCGAGGGUCGUUAGUGCACUGGUGUUUUAAGAUGUUAAAGCUGGAUGAAACACUCCAUUCAAACAAUUUUGUCCAGAUGAAAUAACCUGAGGUUAAAAUAUACAUUAUUUGUUGUCUUUUAUUCCUCUUUUUAAAUUUUCAUGAAAUUUGGAUGUUCUACAGAGAAAACUUUAGGCUGGUCUGAAUCUAGAAAUCAUUAUGGUUCUUUUUCCCCCUUUUCUGAGCAGGGUUUUAAAAUU